GACGUAAAAGAAUAUGGAGGAAAUAUGUAUUCCCAUAUAGGCACCAUGAUUGAGUAUAGAACACUGUCUAUAUAGCUAGUGGAAAAUUGUCUAUAUGAACAGCAACAUUUCUACGUUUCCUGAGUGUGCAUGUAAAACCAUUUAUGAUGUACAUAAGGAAAUGGGAGUGACACGACUACUGUACUUACGUCAAUGCCUCAAGGCUAUUCUAGCUAUUAUAAAAUUUAAUGCAUAAAUGUGCAUAACAAAAGCACGGGAAACUAACCUAGCAUAAUAAUUACAAAAUUAGGUAAUUUUAACUUAGACAUUAUCAACUAAGACCUUUUAAACUUUCAAUGAAAUGGGUGGUGGAUCCACAGAAACAGGGGACAAAACAAAAGAUGAUAAGCCUAAAACUGAUCAUCACUGUGAUGAAGACGAGAGGGAAAUAACCUGUGGACUUUCUUUGAAAGUGUCAUCUGAAGAAACAGAGCUUAAAUUGAACGAAAACGAAACAAAGAAUGUGGAAAAUAUUUGUUUAAAAACAAAUGAAGAAAGUGAAAAGAAAUUGGAAAAACAGUUAGAAGAAAGAAAAGUGGUGACGACACAUGAAACCAGUUCAAUGAGUAGCAUUUCAUCCCCAUUAUCAUCUAAACUCUUAACGAAUUCCCAAAACUCAGUCUUGACAAACGAUGUACAAAACAAGGAUGGUACUGAAAAUAGCAAUUUGGAUGAAAAACAACAGAAUCGGCAAAGAAAAGACCCCUUGGAGGAUGAAAUGAGAAUGAACAGAUGUCAUAAUCCAAUAAACUUAACUUCAGAAGCGAUUAAGGCUUUCGAGAGAAACAGAGAAAAUAUUACCCGUGCUUUUAAAGACCUGGAACGUUUAAAACAUAACACUACCCAGAACAAUGCUAAAAAUCAUCAACAGAAGAAGACGAGCUCUCAAGUGUUCAAAUUUGAAGGAACCACAUGCACCCAAAAGGAAGAUAGGGUAUCUAAAAAGAUUGGCACUUUUUCAAACGCACAUAAUUUAAAAACUAAGUCACUUGUUUUCAAGUUGCCUUCUUCAGAGACGAUAAGAAAACAAUUCCCUCAAAGAGCGAACGAGAAGGCCAAGAUGGCGUGCAAUCGAUGUAACAGUUGGUGUUUGUACUGGAACGUUUGUAGAGAUUGUAUGGUGUACCUUUGUGAUUCCUGUACAGAAAUUUACCCACAUUCACCAGAUCACACCACAAUCAGAGCUAAAGCCUUUUCUGACUUCGGAUGCCUCGAUCACAUACAGAUCUUUAAAUAUUUCUGUCCUGUCUGCAGCCGUUACAGAUGUGGUGACUGUAUUAAACUGGGGAAAUGUCAGGGACAUGAAUUAAAAGAUGCCUUUGUAAACCAAGAUCAAACUGAGACUUCCGACAGAUUCCCAGCAGGAAUGAAAUUAAAUAAAGAAAUACAAACGACAUUCGAGGAUUCUAGUCCAUCUUCGAUAAAGGGAGGAGCCCUACAGGAACACUUCUGUGGGUAUUGUCAGAUGUCUAAGGAAAGUUACAACAUUUGUGAAGACUGUAUGAUAUAUCUCUGUGAGACGUGUAUGGGCAGCUUCCAUCCUAAGGAUCACACGAUCUGUAAACAAGUACCAUUCCAUGUUUUUGGUUGUUCUAAGCACAAACAAAUUUGUCGUUACUUUUGCAAUUUUUGCCAAAAUUUGAGAUGUGAUGACUGCAUCUUGGCGAAUGAACAAUGCUCUGGGCAUGCUGACAAGCUUGUCAAAAUACUGGACCAUAUUAAAUACGAAAAGGACAAAUUCGAUGAAGCAGUGCAGCAGUUUUCUUCUAGAUCGUCUCGGUCCAUCAACGUGCUAUCAGAUCGACUUGAAGAAAUUGAGGAAACUAUUUCGAUGAAUGGAAUUUUGAACAAGGAAAUUUUGAGACAAGAAUUUGCAUCGCUUCAUCAACUGAUUACAGAACGGGAACAAAGACUUUAUCAAAAUUUUGAUCAGGAAUAUGGGUCCUGUCUAAAGAGGAUCCAACAGUACAAAAGGCGGUAUGGAUCGAUCAUGCAAGCUGAUAGCAAACUUAUAUCGACAUCUUUACAGUUUCUUGGCAAGGAAUCCUUGAUGGAAUUUUUCUUCAGUGCUGAAAAGAUCUGGAAAAGGUUUGAUAAGCAUAAGAAGAAUUUGGAAUAUCUACCUAGCCCUGAUGCUCUACUUCAGUCUCCGAUUCUAUCGCCAAUGUCUCUCUAUGUAGAAAAAUCAGAACUGGACAAAUCUCUACAAUUCAACAGUCUUGGACCUUGCUCUAUAAGCUGUCGGCGAUAUGUAGUGUAUAUUGAGGAUGUCAAGGCACCUAUUCGUAUAGAUGACUUUAUUUCCAUUCCCAGCCCAACUCUCUCCAAAUCUUUGUCGAUUUGUGUGGAAAUCCUAACAUCUGUAAAGAGAGUAAUCAGCCGUUCUGUUCAUCAUUCAUUAGACGAAUACGUCGCCAAUGCGAAAAACCUUAUAUCCUUAGAACCGUCUCACAGAUAUAUAUUCAAAUUUCAUGUACAAACUUCAUUCCAAAUGUCUGACAAGAGGAUUACGAAGAGAAUAAGCAGUCCUUGCCACAUCCUGGUGAUCACAGAUAAAGCACCAAUACACAAAGAAGAAAAGCAACCAAAGAUGAACGUCACCAAGUGCGAAGAUUUUGUUAAAACGUUGAUUAGCAGGGUAGAAAGGAAGUUGAAGUUAAAGGACGACGUACAACAUGAGGAGAAACUGGAUUUUUGUU